UACCAACAUAUUCAAAUUAUUAUUUACAUAUUUUCAUAAAUGUUAUUUUGAUUCAAUUAUUCAUUCUAUUUAAUCCUUCCACAAGAUAUAGUCCCGACACACAUCUAGGGUUGCUACCCAAGCCGGCUGGUGGUUCAUCCUAUCGGUUCGAUUGCCAGAGACGCGACCCAGUGGUUCAGUCUUUUUGUUCUGUAUCUAUAGAUGUGACCCGUUCGUUCUAAAUGUUCCAUUGCCAUACUGGCUGGCAACGUUCUUAUGCCUUGCUUGCUAGCAUGCCAACUAUAACUAACUUAGUCACAUUAAAAAGUGUAGACAGAAUAACAGCAAAGUGUCAAAGUUCACAUAUAUCCUCUACCGAGCACCUACCCCGGGUCCGGGAGCACCCCCCACCCCCCCCACACUGAUUAGCAUCGCUAGCAUAGCGUCACAAUUAAAUAGUAGCAUCAAAAUAUCAUUAAAUCACAAGUCCAAGACACCUAAUGAAAGAUACAGAUCCUGUGAAUAAAGCCACCAUUUCAGAUUUUUAAAAUGUUUUACAGGGAAGACACAAUAUGUAAAUCUAUUAGCUAAACACGUUAGCAAAAAUCACAAUUUUUCUUGUCCACCAUUUUCUCUCAACACCAGUAGCUAUCACCAAUUCGGCUAAACUAAGAUAUUGAUAGCGACUAACCAAGAAAAAACCUCCUCAGAUGACAGUCUGAUAACAUAUUUAUGGUAUAGGAUAGGUUUUGUUAGAAAAAUGUGCAUAUUUCAGGUAGAUGUCAUAGGUUACAAUUGCACCCACCGUCACAAAUGGACUAGAAUAACUACAUAGAGCAACGUGUUUACCUACUUACUAAUCAUCAAACAUUUCGUAAAAAUACACAGCAUACACUAAUCGAAAGACACGUAACGGAUGUGAAAUGGCUAGCUAGUUAGCGGGUACGCGCUAGUAGCAUUUCAAUCAGUUACGUCACUUGCUCUGAGACUUAAGUAGGGUUUCCCCUUGCUCUGCAAGGGCCGCGGCUUUUGUGGAGCGAUGGGUAACGACGCUUCGUGGGUGUCAGUUGUUGAUGUGUGCAGAGGGUCCCUGGUUCGCGCCCGUGUCGGGGCGAGGGGACGGUCUAAAGUUAUACUGUUACAUUGAUGCUGUUGACCCGGAUCACUGGUUGCUGCGGAAAAGGAGGAGGUUGAAAGGGGGGUGAGUGUAACGGAUGUGAAAUGGCUAGCUAGUUAGCGGGUACGCGCUAGUAGCAUUUCAAUCAGUUACGUCACUUGCUCUGAGACUUAAGUAGGGUUUCCCCUUGCUCUGCAAGGGCCGCGGCUUUUGUGGAGCGAUGGCCAACGACGCUUCGUGGGUGUCAGUUGUUGAUGUGUGCAGAGGGUCCCUGGUUCUCGCCCGUGUCGGGGCGAGGGGACGACGUAAAGUUAUACUGUUACACACAGAUCCUGUGAAUACAGACAAUAUUUCAGAUUUUCUAAGUGUCUUACAGCGAAAACACAAUAAAUCGUUAUAUUAGCAUACCACAUAUGCAAACGUUACCAGAGCAUUGAUUCUAGCCAAAGAGAGCGAUAACGUAAACAUCGCCAAAAUAUAUUAAUUUUUUCACUAACCUUCUCAGAAUUCUUCCGAUGACACUCCUGUAACAUCAAAUUACACAAUCCAUAUAGAGUUUGAUCGAAAAUGUGCAUAUUUAGCGGCACAAAUCGUGCUUACACAAUGGAAAUACUGUCCAACUACUCAAGCAAUCUGCCCGGCAGCAUCAUGAUAAUACAACUAUUUUUAUCGAAAACUAUUCAUAAACUUGACUAAAAAAAUACAGGUUGGCCAUGAAAUGAAAGAUGCAUUAGUUAUUAAUGCAACCGCUAAGUUAGAUUUUUAAAAUUAACGUUACUAGACAUACAGUGUGCGUUAGACAGACUAGUGCCGCAACAACGGCGUCACUAUUUACCGUUAUUGAGUUUACAUUUUUCCACAUAAAAAUGGAAUAACAUCAUAAAUAGCUCUUACUUUUCGACGAGCUUCCAUCGGAAUCUUGGCCAAGUGGUACUUUUGUCCAAAAGAAUCGUUGCUUGGUUGUAAAACGUUGCAUUCAACUUCUGAUAUAGCAGCUAACUAUAGCUAACAAUUGCUAACAUUAGUUAACGUGUCCAAAUCCUCAUUACGCAAUACUGAGGAAAUUCCGAAAAAUAGCAAUAUACUCGCAUAAUCUGAUAUAACUCGGUUUCAAAUAGCUUCGUUAUGAUGUUUCUAACACCUAUAUCAAAUUAAAUUACAGACUGAUAUAUCUAAAGUUCAUUACUUAGCGUUCGAAAAUGGCAUCCCUAGGUCUCUCUCUGCGUAAAGUUCAACGUCGAAAAGAAGGCGUACCUCACUCCUUGGUCUUUUAUAACCUCUGACAGCUACGUAGGAAGCCCAUUCCACUUCUCAUUGGUUACUGACAUCCAGGGGAAGGCGGGUGCAGUUCGUGUCGUUCCAUAGGAUAUACACACCCCUUUAAACUGAACUGAGAUCAGAGCUUCGCUCUCAGACCUUCGCAAAACCUGUCAUGGAUUUCGCUGUAGAAAGAGUUCUGUUCCACUCAGAGACAUAAUUCAAACGGCUAUAGAAACUAGAUAGUGUUUUCUAUCCAAUAAUAACAAUAAUAUGCAUAUUGUACGAUCAAGAAUUGAGUAGGAAGCCGUUUCAUCUGUAGAGACAAUUAUGCUAAUUUGAAACAGCACCCCCUAUAGUCGCAAGAAGAUAUCUCUGUCUGUAUGUUUCAUUGCCGGGUGAGAAACUACUCCAGUGUGAUAAAGACCCCUAUAUGGCUGGACAGGGUUGUGGAGAAGCUGCAGCAAAAUCUCUACCAAAAAGUGCAAAACCUUGUGUCUGAUGUGUUGCUUAUCUUCACCAACUGUGCCACAUUUAACAGGGUGAGACUGCACUACUGCAGAAUCCAAUGUGAAGACUCAGGGCAUUUUGAUUAUAGUAGUCAACUUGUGCUAAUGAAUGAAUAACACUUUAACAAUGUGCCCUUGUUAAAUCCAUAACAAAAAUGAUUUAGGCUAAAUGUGUCAUUUAUUGCAUUUCUAGCUUGUUUACUAUGUUUUCUAUACAAAUGUGUCUGUCUUUUUUUCUGAGGGAUAAUGCAGAGUUCCGUGGAAUGGGCGAAAGAUUGAAGGAUCUAUUUGAGAGAGCGUUCAAGAGUACAUUCAGCAUCCAACUUCAAGGGGCGGGCGGGCAGACAGGCAGAGCCAAGCACGAGCUAGCGAAAUCCUAUUGGCGCGUUCUUUCGUCAUCUGCAUAUUUCCGUUAGGGAACGCCUACUACGUGGGGUGCGCGUGUACAAUAACUCGAUUCGCCUUAGCACUCCUAAACAACGCCAUUUAAACAAAAAAAAACGUUUGCAACGGGUAAUGUCUACUAACUUUAGUCCACUCUGUUCAUAACAUAUUCUAGUUUUGGGAACAGAAAACUUUAUUGAGAACAAAUGUUUCAUCGAUGAGAACAUUUGCAGAAUGUCGGCCAAAAUCCAUCGUUCCAUCUUCUCCUACUGUCCGCCAGUGGUCUUCCUCUCAGUACCAUAUUUGGUAGCGAGUGGACACGUCAAGCGGAUGCUUCACAUUUAAACAUCCAGUGAAAUAUCUGUCUCAUUGUUCUAUCUGUGAUGUCACCUUCAUAGUUUUUUUAUCUGCUUUGUACGUGCGUUUUUUUAAAGAUUUGCUGUCGAAAAUAAACCAACAUUUUCUAAAACAUUGUACAACAUACAAUAAGUCUACUUGUUUGACUGUGUGUAGCCUACCAGAUUGUGGUUCUGUUGAGGAGAAUGUCAAACAGAGCAGCAGCGCCCUCUUCAGGGCAGUUUGGGCAGCGUCUGCGUUGCGUCUCUGCACUCGUGCAGGGCCUGCACACGCUAGUACACGUCACCACAAUUGUCAGCAGAGAAUCCCUGCCCAGAGCUGCGAAGCAGCGUUGCGCAGACAUGCUUGGUAAACUACGCAGCCAUUUCUCUUCAGCUUGUUGUAAAGUCACAGGUCCGAGAAUGCAAAUACUGCAAUAGUGGCUGAUGUUGGGGUUUGUGGGCGAAUUUAUUUAUCUAAAUGAAAGACUAAAACUUUUUCCUUCUCAUAAGCAUUGAGAGAAACAGCCACAUAGGCAGCCUAUUUAGACGUGAUCGAGCGAUUCCAUAACCAAGACAGUGCGCUUGGUAGACGCGGUAAUGUCGUUGAAUAUCACUGUGAAAAGUGAAGACUCCGAGUCCUUUGACGAAGAAGACGAAUCAUCUUCGCUGCUUUCGGGCAAACGAGCCUCGGAGUCUGCAGCUCGUCAUGAUAUUUCUCCGGGAGAAGGCGGUCCAAUAGAAGACCAUGCAGGAUAUUCAACACAGCAUGGGCGGCUAGCAACUAAAACGACCAGCAAACCCAUCGUACUGUAUCCUGUGAGUGCUGACCGUUUCUUUUCCUCUACUUCUGCAGAUGGUAACACCAUCUUAAAGAUAGCCCCAGCCGCAGUCAUGACCCUCCCGACUCCUCGGCCUCCUCCCCAGGUUUCCCCAGAGUUCUCCUACCAGGCCAUCGUGUACUUGAUCGAAGCAGUGGGGCGCCGCUGGAGCCUGUAUGGGACGCGGGAGCGUUCUCAGCUCUUCCAGAGCGUGCAGAAGGAGUUGGAGGAGCAGGGUCAUUGUCUUCCCGUUGAGAAGAUCCGCCGCAAGUGGAACAACUUGAUCGUCACCUACAAGAGGGUCAAAUACAGAGGCAGGGAGACCGGCCAGGCCAGAACCUCCUGGGAGUACUUUGAGAUGAUGGAUGCCAUGCUUGGUGACACCAUCGGCGCCGAGACCACUAGCAGCCCUACCCUAGUAACCAGCAUCCCUAAGGUGAACGUCGCCACGGAAACCGCCAAAACAGAGCAGAAGCCCCUCCUUCCCCAUGGCAACCUCAUCACUGCAUGCACUCGGACACUCACCCUUGUCCCCUCCUCCCUCCCACUCCACACGCCAGUUCCCUCCACCCUCCCUCUCUACACCUUUGUCAGAUCCCUCCCUCCCCCUGUCCGCUCCUCCCUCCCUCUUCCCACCCCCUUGGACACGCCCUCCCCCAGGAUAGCCAAUAACACAGACCCUCUACAGCCGAACCCCUCCCCUGCUCCGGUCGCACAGCACCCUGCCUCCCGUCACAUCCCCUCCAACCUCAGCCACGUACACCUCCGCAGAAAGAAGAGCCGUCGCUUCUCCUCCAAGGGCUUCUCCAUUGCCUCCCUUCUGGCCCAGCAGCAGAAGCGAGCGGAAGAAGGCACCUCCUUGCUGCAGGAGUUCCUGAGGAGGCAGGAGGGGCAGGCCAAGGAGGAGCAGGGGCAUCGCAGCAGGACAGAGGCCCGGGGGAGGAGGCGCGAGAGGAGGGAGGCGCGCAUGGCAGAGUCCCUGGGUAGGAUGGCCACGGCUCUGGAGCUGCUCUCCUCCAAACAGGACACAGUCAUUGCCCUGCUGCAGAGACUGGCUGAGAGAGACAGAAAGUGACCGUCAUCGCCCCGGGUUGUCACUAGCUUCUAUAGCCACAGCCAUAAUUAUGGCUAAACACUGCCUAUUUUUACUAUUCAUCUUUUUAAAUUUUGAUUUUUAAACCUAACAUUAACCACACUGCUAACCUUAUGCCUAAUCUUAAAAUAAGUACAAAAAGCUCAUGUUUGUUUUCAUGAAUUUUGAGUUUAUGGCUAUAUAAUCACUGUAAACGCCCUACUGCAGAGCCUGGCCGAGAGAGACGGGGAGGCUGACUCAGCAUGCGACCGAAGGGGUACUCUUUUUCCCUAUAUUGUGCACUAUCUGAGCUAAAACCCAGUAAAAACCCACCUUGUGUC